UGAGGUUUCUCGCAAACCAAACAGCAGGGGAAAUGAGAAUGCCAAGUUUAAAUAGAAACCCGUCUUGACAAUUUCGGUGGGUUCGCUUUUCUCUGCAAAUUCGCUUGAUCUUUGGUGAUUUUCUGGGAAUUCAAACAUGUCAUGGUUCAGGGUUUCUAGAAAAACCCUUCUCCUGCCUUGCCUGAAGAAUUCACAGAGUCCCCAUUUUGGUUCUGUUUCAAGGCAUAUACCUGAUAAAUCAAUUGGAGCUAAUGCUAAUUAUGGGCAAAACUUGGGUUGUACUAACCGGCUUCUGAUGCAAAAGUGUGAAUUCCAUUCGGGAUUGUUCGAUAAGAGGAGACAAUUUUCGCCUGUUGAUUUGCGGUAUUCUAGGAGACCCUCUUAUUGUUCUGUGCUGGAUAUUCGACGCCAUUAUGUUGUAGAUGCUUCAGCAGAACAAGCCCGGAAAUCAAAGAAAAUGCUUAUGUACCUUACAGCAGUAGUUUUUGCAAUGGUGGCAGGUAGUUAUGCUGCGGUGCCAUUGUACCAAAGGUUCUGCCAAGCUACUGGGUAUGGGGGGACAGUUCACCGCCGGGAGACUGUUGAAGAAAAGAUUGCACGGCAUGAUGAAGAUGGAACAGCCAGCUUAAGAGAGAUUGUGGUGCAGUUCAAUGCUGAUGUGGCUGAUGGGAUGCAAUGGAAGUUUAUUCCCACACAAAGAGAGAUUAGGGUCAAGCCAGGAGAAAGUGCCCUUGCAUUUUACACAGCUGAAAACCAAAGUUCAACUCCUAUAACUGGUGUAUCUACAUACAAUGUCACUCCCAUGAGGGCUGCCCUUUACUUCAAUAAAAUACAGUGCUUUUGUUUUGAGGAGCAGAGACUUCUUCCCGGGGAGCAGAUUGACAUGCCUGUGUUCUUUUACAUUGAUCCGGAGAUUGAAAAUGACCCUAAAAUGGAUAAUGUCAACAACCUUGUCUUGUCUUAUACAUUUUUCAAGUCUUCUGAGGAAAAAUAAAGAUGGCCCUCCCUCUUAUAGAAAUCUAGAGGGCUCAGCUCAGUCAGCAUACACAACUUCACAGUACUCUCUUAUUAAAGCUGUAGAAUUUGGCUGCUGUAAAUUUUUUUCAUUGGAACUAUUUUGGUAUAGACCUCUUGGGAUUAUUGAAGGUGGACUAAUGGAGCCAUUCUGAGACGUGCAUGUUUUUCAGACAACAGAGGAGAUGAGGAUGCAAAUGGCUGCAAUUUUCAAGCAGACAGACAACAUAACUUAGGCCUUGCUGUGAAAUUAUGUAUUUUCAGGCAAGCCCGGCAAAGUCAAUCUUGAAUUAUCGAGUAAGUUACAAGCAAAUGACUGUAUUUUUUGAAACUAUGGAUAUCAAUUACUGGAGAUGUUUGGCUUCCUAUCAAAAAUAAAACUCCUCCCCCUUUUCUGAAUUA